AGCAAUGGCAGUUUCAGAGGCGGUGGUUUCCGUCUUCCUUCCCUCCUCCUCUUUCUCUCUUUAGACUGAAAACAACAAAAAGGGACUCUAGAGAAGGAGAAGGACAAAGAAGAGGUCUUUGCUGCUGAGUUAGGACAUCUGGUCACCCUGUUUGCAGUGUGGACAGACCCUCUUGUACUCCCAACGCAGACCUCCUACAAGCCCCGCCGCAGGGCACUGGUUGCCUCAGACAGAAGGAGUAACUUCACCUCUUUAGAGUCUUCUUCAAAACUGGAUCUUCAAUGGCUGGGGAAAGAUUGAUCAAGUGGCUGAAAUGAAUAUGAAUGCUAUUCUAGAAGAGACUUUGAUUAAAAGAUCUCAACAAAAGAAGAGGACGUCUCCUUUAAAUUACAAAGAGAGGCUUUUUGUGCUUACAAAAUCGAUGUUAACAUAUUAUGAAGGUCGUCCAGAGAAAAAAUACAGAAAAGGAUCAGUUGAUAUUUCAAAAAUCAAAUGUGUUGAAAUUGUGAAAAAUGAUGGUGCUGUCAUUCCAUGUCAAAAUAAAUAUCCAUUUCAGGUUGUUUACGAUAAUAGCACACUUUAUAUUUUUGCUCCCACUGCAUACAGCAGGGAUCAGUGGGUAUGGAAUUUGAAAGAAGAAAUUAAAAAUAAUAAUAACAUAAUGGUAAAGUACCACCCUAAAUUCUGGACAGAUGGAAUCUAUCAGUGUUGCAGACAGACAGAAAAAUUAGCACCCGGCUGUGAAAAAUAUAACCUCUUUGAAAACGGUAUAAAGACAUUGCCUGUGCAAAUGCCAGAUAAAAAUAAGAGAAGACCUCCACCCCCGAUUCCUCCAGAAGAGGAGGAAGAAGAGGAAGAAAUAGUAAUAGCUAUGUAUGACUUUCAGCCCACGGAACCUCAUGAUUUGAGACUAGAAAGAGGUGAAGAAUAUACUAUAAUUGAAAAAAAUGACAUUCAUUGGUGGAAAGCAAGAGACAAAUAUGGAAGCAAAGGAUAUAUUCCAAGCAACUAUGUAACAGGAAAGAAGUCCAAUAAUCUAGACCAAUAUGAGUGGUACUGUAGAAAUCUGAACAGGAGUAAAGCAGAACAGCUCCUCAGAAAUGAGGAUAAAGAAGGUGGUUUUAUGGUGAGGGACUCCAGUCAGCCAGGUUUAUAUACAGUAUCUCUUUAUGCAAAAUUUGGAGGAGAAGGGUUAUCUGGUAUAAGACACUAUCAUAUAAAGGAAACACCACAAAAACAGUACUACCUAGCAGAAAAACACCUCUUCAACUCCAUUCCUGAAUUAAUUGAGUAUCACAAACACAAUGCUGCAGGUCUUGUGACAAGGUUACGAUACCCAGUCACCCCAAAGACAAAACCAACCACAGCAGGAUUCAGCUAUGAGAAAUGGGAAAUCAAUCCAGCAGAGCUCACCUUUAUGAGAGAACUGGGCUGUGGUCUUUUUGGAGUGGUGCGUCUUGGCAAAUGGAGAGCACAGUACAAAGUGGCCAUCAAAGCAAUACGAGAAGGUGCAAUGUAUGAAGAGGACUUUAUAGAAGAAGCUAAAGUGAUGAUGAAGCUAACUCAUCCAAAGUUAGUCCAGCUAUAUGGUGUUUGUACUCAGCAGAGACCUAUUUACAUCGUGACAGAGUUCAUGGAGCAUGGCUGCCUUCUAAAUUACCUUAGGCAAAGGCGUGGACACUUUAGCAAAGACAACCUGCUGACAAUGUGCCAGGAUGUAUGUGAAGGAAUGGAAUACCUAGAGGGAAAUAGCUUUAUUCACAGAGAUCUGGCUGCUAGGAACUGCUUAGUGAAUGAGUCAGGAGUGGUGAAAGUGUCUGACUUUGGAAUGACCAGGUAUGUGCUUGAUGACCAGUACACAAGCUCUUCGGGUGCUAAGUUUCCUGUGAAAUGGUGUCCCCCGGAGGUUUUUAAUUAUAGUCGAUUCAGCAGCAAGUCAGAUGUCUGGUCUUUUGGAGUUCUCAUGUGGGAGGUGUUUACUGAAGGCAAAAUGCCUUUUGAGACAAAUACAAACUAUGAAGUAGUGACUAUGAUUGGUCAGGGAUACCGCCUGUUUCGGCCAAAGUUAGCUUCUACAGGUGUUUAUGAUGUGAUGAUGAUAUGCUGGCAUGAGAAACCGGAGGGCCGUCCUACAUUUCAUGAGCUGCUGCAAAUGAUUGAUGCUAUAGCAGAGGAUACUUCUUCCUGAGAAGGCAUGACAGAAGCACAGAGGUUACCAGUGAAGGGACAGCUGUUAUGCUUUUACUAAAAAGCCUGGUCAGAGAUGCUGUCUAGAAGGACUACAUUGUAAAGGCAACAGUACAUUCUCUUUCCUUACUCAAACAAAGCAAGAGUUUUACUGAGAAACCCCCCGUUUGCUCAGGUUUUUAAGCAACAACGUCUGAGAAGUGGACACCAGUGCUGAAGUGGAAAAUGUGCAUCUGAAGCUGGAGGAAGAGGCAGGGUUAGAUCCACCCUUUGAACUCUAAGUCGCAAAACACUGACUGAACUAUGAACAGAUGAUUUCUCCUUUCCAUCAAUAACUGUUUCCAUUCAGAUUCUGAAGAACAUAAUUAAGCAUCUGUCUGGAGCCAUUAGUUACCACAGUAAUGUUUCAGAGGUCUUCCUGAAAACCUUGUUAGUCACAGUAUCUGUUCACAGCUAUAAAUAUUGCUGCUAGUUCAUGGGUUUGAUGUUAUUUCUGAUGCUUUCAAAGGUGGGAGGGGGCACUACAGCAUCUAUCAACCAUGGACUUGGAGCUCUUCCAUCACAUUGUAACAACUGUGCUUUUCCUUUGCUAUUGCAAACUAUCCCUGGCAAAUUUCAUAGUGGAGAUUGGCAAACCUUAAGUCACUUAUGUUAUUUCAUACACUAGCAACAGUGUACCCUUAGUGAAGAUGCAUGUAGUCCAAGCAGUGACAGAACAGUAUGCCAGGAAGACUAUCCCAGUCCAUGAAAUCCAGGAGGUUGAUGGGUUGUGGGCCAGUUACAAGUCUUAAGCCAAACCUACCUCACAGGGCUAUUGAAAGGAUCCAGGCAGAAAGGAGAAGGUAGAGUAAAAAUAAAGUGUUGUUCCAAGGGACUGGAAGCUGCUGUAACUCACCUUAAGUACACAGUCUAGGCUAUUGUUAAAUAAAGCUUAGGGUGGACUUGUAAACACAGCAUUCAUAAUUAAUAAAUUAUAAUACAAUCUACAAAGUGUAAAUAUAUAAACUGCACAUAUGUAUUUAUAUCAAGAGGAAAUUUAUUCUUUGCUAGCAGAUUGGAAAGCAUAAUUCAUUGAAUUGUUAUACGUUGCACAUACAGGCCAGAAUCUUAUAGUUUUGCUCCAACUACAGUAAACCCGCUGAAUCGGUUAUUGAAUGGUGAUUCAUCACACAUAGAUGGGCCUGUUCUGGUCGGAACUAGCAAUAGGAUUCAGGCCUCAGUUUGACAACACCUGCAGCAGAAAGAGAACAAACCUACUCAUCUUUGCUAUAAAUUGGGAAAUUCUUGGGUCAGUUUGUUGUUCUACCUCUGCAGCUGAUAAUGUUCUAUAUAGCUUUAAUAGUGAAAUAUUAUGCAAUAAAAUGUGUUCAACAAAUACAUGGUUUUUAAAAUCCUGA